UAACGUAAAAUUCGCUACACGCCUAUCAGCUUAUCGCUUGAGGCCUACACGCGAACUGGGGCGGGCGCUGGCUCUUUUGAUUGACGCUCGAGUCGCAUGCGUCAUGCGACAAUCUCGGCGCUCUUAUGUAGAGGUAUUUUAAGAACUAAAUUCGCGUGACAGCGCACAUACAUACACACACACCCGUUCCAAAGCACACGAUCAGGCUAAUGGCCAUUCCUCCAGACAGGAACAUGCAUUCCGAUAAAGCUACUACCUCAACCAGCGAAGGGCGAAAGAGCUCGAAGCCCAUUAUGGAAAAACGACGAAGGGCGAGGAUAAACGCCAGUUUGUCAGAGUUGAAAUCCCUGUUACUUGAAGUGAUCAAGAAAGAGGGAUCAAGACAUAGUAAAAUGGAGAAGGCAGAUAUUUUAGAGAUGACGGUUAAACACCUGCGGCAACUUCAAAGACAGCAAUUUACAGGGUCACCUAAAACUGAUUCGAAUGUUUUGAAUAAUUAUCGCCUUGGAUUUGAUGAAUGUGCCCAGGAAGUGACUCGCUAUUUAUCCCAGAUGGAAAUAAACGAUGUGAAUCUACGAUCCAAGAUUUUAGAUCAUUUAGCAAGUUGUGUUUCUAGUGGAAUAUUCAACCCGUCUCCCCCUUCCACACCUGUAUCCUCUACCACACCCACUCCACCAUCUCAGACUUGUGGUUCAUCACCACAACUACAGAUGCCAGCUCAAAUAUCACCAUCGCCAUCAAUGGUUUACAACCCGAUUCAACAAGAACAGCUUCCGCCACAUUCUCAGGUUUUGCAGACUAUUCCUUCGCUUCCCGGACUUCCUACUCCUCCAGCUCCCCCAGCUCCAGGACAAGGACAAGCUGUUCAAAUGACAAACAUCGUCAGUGCUGUGCAAGUGAUUCCUACAAAACUUCAAUCAGGAGAAAUAGCAUUCGUUAUGCCUGGUAAUGUUUUAAAUAGCCAGGCACCUAGCUAUAUUAUCCCUGUUUAUCCUUCUGCGUCAGCUACUAGUUGUUCACCACUAGCACAGACUGUUUAUACUGCACCAGUGUCUGUUCCCAACGUGAUAUCAUCCUUACCUAUUGUUCCAACACCCCAACAUGUUAUUUCCCCGCGACCAUCUCAGCAUGUGCCAUCAGCCACAGUAUCAUCGGAACACCAGUUCGCAACUGUUUCUUCCGGAUUAGGAAUAACAACCCAGUCAGUUACACCGUAUCAUCCAAACAUAUCUCUCUUCUCACCCCACCACCCAGCAGCACCACAGGCUUCACAUACUCGGCCAGCACCUUUAAUUCCUUUGGAACCAAGACCACUGUUCUCAUUACGUCAUGAUCGGGACGAAAACGACGGACAUGUCCGCCAAGAUAGGGAACUACCUUGUGAUGAGAAUAUGUGGCGACCCUGGUGAGACAAACAGACUGGGUUCGGAUUAUAUUUAUUAAGUAUGAAAUUGACUGUUCAGUUGAAAGGAAUUUUGUUGGAUAUUUAUUUGGAGUUACUAUAAAUCCGUGUAGCAGACAAUAGUGGAUAACUUCAUAACAAAGAACAGAUAAAACAAAUUAUGCCCGAUAUAGGAAGCUGGGAGAAUGCUAUAUAUGGGGAUAAGAUCUUUAGGAUUUUUGUUUACAGUGUUGCUUAAAAUCGUUUCAAAAGCAACGCUUCAUCAGAGGUGGAACAUAUCCUUCUUCUAAUUCUUAUCUGCGACAUCACAUAUUGUGGAAGCUGACGUUAAACGCGAUUGUAUAAUGUGAAUGGUUAAAAGACUAAUACCUACAAGCCAAUUACAGGAUUGUGUAGUGUUUGUUAUUUGUAACAAAUGAACAACAAUUGCUACCGACAACUUUAUGUUCGUAUCAAUAAACAGUAUAAACCGUUCUAGGUUUUGCUUAAUAUUUUAUUUAUAACAUUCCAUGGAACUUUUGUUUUCGUGUAUCGAUAACGUCUUCCAUAUUUCUAAACGAAAAUAACAUAUAUAAUGAUAUAAACAAACAUUCCUUAUUUUCGCCAUAAUGUGAUUUUGAAAAUUAACAAUAUUAAUCACUCCUUCAGUUUUCAUGCAAAAUUUGUUUUCAUACCGUGACGCUAGAUGUUCGCGAAGGACUAAACAUAAACUGUCGGCAUAAUAUGUUCAAGAAUGAGCACGCUUCCAUUGUCUACCUUAAGACUGUCAACAUUAUUUAUAUGUUCCAGAAUGAGCACGCUUCCAUUGUCUACCUUAAGACUGUCAACAUUAUUUAUAUGUUCCAGAAUGAGCACGCUUCCAUUGUCUAUCUUGAGAUUAUCAAAAUGAGCGAGAAUAAACGGUCUAUCUUAAGAUUGUCAAUAUUAGAUAUUGCAGAAUGAGCAAGUGUGUACGUUCUAUCUUAAGACUGUUAACAUUCGAUGCUCAAGAAUGAGCAAGCAUGGAUUGCCAUGAAUAUCAACAGUAUUUAUAUUAUGAGUAUUGCGUCGUGCGGAAAUUAGAAUAUAUUGUUCAAUAAUUGAUAUUUUUUUACCUGCUUAUGAAAGGAACAAAUAUUGAAGAUUAUCUGUUUUAAAAUUAUUAUAAAUGUACUUUUUGUACAUUGUUAUUUUCAACCAACGAACAAACAUAAUCAGUAUAUUGAAUAUAGCCAAUUGACAGCUGGUUUUACUAUUCGAAUAUUGUAGGUCUAUAUUGAAAUAUAAUUCGAAUUAUCGUUUCAUUUCAAAUGAUAAAUAUUUUGACCACUUCUUUUCUUUUAUUAGCGGUAUUGGUUUUUUUUCAGAAAUCAAUCUAUUUUCUUUUUUAUGAAUAAUAGUGGAUUACAAUGAAUUAAUAUUAUUAAAUUUUAAACGAACUGGUCAGUUUUUUUUAUUAGUUUUACAAAAUAUCCAAUGAUAAAUAGCACAAAAUCAGUUGCUAGAAUUCUAAAAGUAUGUCCGCACAACUGGCUGGUAUAGAAAAUAUUUCAGACUAUUCUUUAUCAAAUACCUACGUGGACACAGUAGAAAACUAAUGUAAACCUAUAAUUCAAUGACCAUCCCGUAACUAAACUAUUAUUUUUUACCCUAUUUUUAAGCUGACAAGCUGCUCAUUUAAGAAAGUAAAACAUAAGUUCUUAUCUUGUCGAUUUUGAAUCUUGCAAUGUUUUUGGUUAUAUUACUAUUGUGUGUAAAUAUGUGAUACAAAAUAAACAGGGACUUAAAUUUGAAAGUGCUAUAAAUAAAUAAAUCUUAUUUUAUAUAUAUAUAUAUACAUAUUU